CAGAUGUGGAAUAUUUCCCAAGAAAAACAGUUUGAGGAGAGAAGAAGUUCAAAAGCAUCCGUGAGAUGAGACUGAAGAUCAUGGAGGUUAAAUUGAUCGCCUUCGUUCUCCUGCAGGCUGUCACUGUGAGAUCUCAAGUCAACCCAGAAAUGUGCCGCUAUCCUCUUGGUAUGACCGGUGGGCAGAUUCAGGAUGAGGACAUCUCUGCUUCCAGCCACUGGUCUGAGUCCACCGCUGCAAGAUUUGGAAGACUUGACUUUGACAACGGAGACGGUGACGGGGCUUGGUGUCCUGACAUCAUGUCAGAGCCGGACGGCCUCAAAGAGUAUCUCCAGGUGGACCUGCGUUCACUGCACUUCAUCACGCUCGUGGGCACCCAAGGUCGGCACGCCGACGGCAUGGGCAAUGAGUUUGCCCAGCGAUACAGGAUCAAGUACAGCCGUGACGGCAGCAGCUGGGUGGGCUGGCAUGACAGAAAGGGAAGGCAGAUCAUCGAAGGCAACAGUAAUGCAUAUGACGUGGUCCUGAAGGACCUGGAGCCUCCCAUCAUUGCUCGUUUUGUCCGCUUUAUGCCCGUGACCGACCACUCCAUGAUCGUGUGUAUGAGAGUGGAGCUCUACGGCUGUGAAUGGCUCGAUGGCCUGAUGUCCUACAGCAUUCCAGAUGGACACCAAAUGAUCUACAGAGGCCUGGAUGUCUUCUUCAAUGACUCUGUGUACGAUGGAGCAUCAGCUGAAAGGCUGACGAAAGGGCUCGGCCAGCUGGCCGAUGGCACCUGGGGUCUGGACGACUUUCUCCACAGCCACAGCUACAACUUUUGGCCUGGCUAUGACUAUGUAGGGUGGAACAACAGGAGCUUCCCCAGAGGUUACGUGGAGAUGAUCUUUGAGUUCGACCAUGUGCGAAAUUUCUCGUCCAUGAAGGUUCACUGCAACAACAUGUUUAGCCGAGGGGUGAGGAUGUUCAGGCAGGUUACUUGUUACUUUCGGUCAGGAUCAGAGUGGGAGGCAGACCCGGUGACCUUCAGGCCUGCUGUUGAUCGUGUGAGCCAAAGCGCUCGUUUUAUCACGGUGCCCCUCGGGGACCGCACAGCCAGCACCAUUAAAUGCCGCUUCCACUUCAGUGACCUUUGGAUGCUGUUCAGUGAGGUGGCCUUCCAGUCAGGCUCAGCAGUGUACAAUACAUCAAUGGCUCCUCGCAAGCAUGGACACCCGACAAAAAUAUUACCAGGGGAUGAUCCUACACAUAAAGUGGAUGACAGCAAUACAAGGAUUCUGAUUGGCUGCUUGGUGGCCAUUAUAGCCAUCCUAUUGGCCAUCAUUGUCAUUAUCCUGUGGCGACAGGUCUGGCAAAAGAUGCUGGAGAAGGCAUCUCGUCGCAUGCUGGAUGAUGAGCUCACGGCUCGUCUCGCCAUCCAGACACGGGCCUUCUCCUUCCACCACUCGUCUCUCUCCAGUGAGAGUGGCUCGACCUCCAACUCCACCUAUGAAAGAAUCUUCCCCCUCUGUGCCGACUACCAGGAGCCCUCGCGUCUCAUCCGGAAACUGCCCGAGUUUUCUCAGUCCACUGAACAUCUAGAAUCGAGUACCCCCUGCAGAGCCUUUGCAGCCGGAGGCUCAGAUGGUGCCCCCCACUACGCUGAGGCAGAUAUCAUCAGUCUGCAGGAGUCUUCGGACAGCAGCACCUACUCCAUCACAGCUGUCAACAUGAAUUUCUUUGCUGGCACAGAUUCAUCCAUGAGGGAGUUCCCCAGACAGAAGCUCACCUUCAAGGAGAAACUGGGAGAGGGCCAGUUUGGAGAAGUCCACUUGUGCGAGGCAGAGGGCAUGCAGAACUUUUUGGGUGAGGAUUUGUCCAUAGAGGGAAACAAUGAGUCCCCUCUGCUUGUUGCUGUUAAAACACUGCGGGAAGAUGCCAACAAGAACGCAAGGAAUGACUUCCUGAAGGAGAUCCGAAUCAUGUCUCGUCUGAGGGACCCCAACAUCGUCCGUCUGCUGGCAGUGUGUGUGGACACAGAUCCUCUGUGCAUGAUCACUGAGUACAUGGAAAAUGGUGACCUAAACCAGUUCCUCUGCAAUCUCAGACUGAAGGCCGCUGAUGAAGAUGAGAUCAAACAAGAGGAGACGGAGGGGAAGAGCAUGGUCAGUUACACCACACUGAUCGGCAUGGCAGUGCAGAUUGCAUCUGGUAUGAAGUAUUUGUCCUCUCUUAACUUUGUCCACCGUGAUCUGGCAACCCGCAACUGCCUGGUGGGUAAGAAAUAUACCAUAAAGAUCGCUGAUUUCGGCAUGAGUCGGAACCUUUAUAGAGGGGACUACUACCGGAUCCAGGGCCGAGCUGUACUGCCCAUUCGCUGGAUGUCAUGGGAGAGCAUCCUACUAGGUAAGUUCACUAUGGCCAGUGACGUGUGGGCCUUCGGGGUGACUCUGUGGGAAAUUCUCACUCUGUGUAAGGAGCAGCCGUACUCCCAGCUCUCUGACGAGCAGGUCAUUGAAAACACAGGAGAGUUCUUCAGGGAACAGGGCAAACAGGUGUACCUGCCGAAGCCUCCCUGUUGUCCUGACAGAAUUUACAAGGAUCUCAUGCUAAGCUGCUGGAGGAGAAACGCCAAGCAGCGGCCGAGCUUUCAGGAGAUACACUCUCAGCUGUUAGAGAGCCUGGCGUAGCAGAGGAGAUGUAUCGUUCCACUGUGCUGUGCAGUGUCUCGGUUGCUUCCUUUGGUUUAGAUUCAUUUAUUUGGAGUCAGACCCAUAAAAUAUUCACUUUUUUGUCAAUGCCUGCUUCUCAAAAAUUAUGCUCUAAAUGGAGAGAUAUGUGAAGGUACAGACUACACUUAAAUAUAGCCUCCUAUUGUAGAUAUAAUGCAGAUAGUUCUAUUCACGCAGUGCAUUCAGACCUCUGUGUAUUUAUUAUUUUCUUAUGAUUUGUUAUGCUGUCUAUUUAUGCAAUAAUAUCCCCCCUCCCUUUUCUUU